AAUCCCAAUGGCUAGACAUAUCUCUUUGUAUGUGUGGCUACUUUCACUUAUAGUUUUAACAAAUGCAGAAACUUACAUUGUCCAUAUGGACCUAUCCGCCAUGCCCAAGUUAUUUUCUAGCCACCAUAAUUGGUUCUCAGCCACCCUUAACUCCAUUUCCACCACCACCACCACCACCACCGACAACUCUCUUGCCACCACUUCUUCAAAACUUGUAUAUACUUAUACAAACGCAAUCAAUGGGUUCACGGCAGUUCUUUCUCCAUCCGAGCUCGAAAUCUUGAAAAAAUCACCUGGCUAUCUUUCUUCUAUGAAAGACACAAAGAUUGAGCUAGAUACAACUCACUCUGCUCAAUUUCUUGGGUUGAACCCGAAUUCGGGUGCAUGGCCCGUUUCUAGCUUUGGAGAAGAUGUUAUUGUUGGGGUUGUGGACACAGGGGUUUGGCCCGAAAGUGGUAGCUUCAAUGAUCAUGGAAUGACUAGAGUUCCGGCUAGAUGGAAAGGCGAAUGUCAAGCUGGAUAUAUGUUUAAUUCGAGUUUAUGUAACAAGAAACUAAUUGGUGCUCGAUAUUUUAACAAAGGGUUGUUGGCUAAAUAUCCAAACUUAACUAUCUCAAUGAACUCGGCUCGUGACACGGAUGGGCAUGGGACUCAUACGUCAUCAACCGCGGCUGGAAGUUACGUAAAACAUGCAUCGUAUUUCGGGUAUGGAACCGGUAUAGCCAUGGGUAUGGCUCCACGUGCUCGUGUCGCGGUGUAUAAAGCUAUCUUUGAUGAAGGUGCAUUGGUGUCAGACAUCCUGGCAGCGAUUGAUCAAGCAAUCGCUGAUGGGGUUGACGUCAUUUCUUUGUCACUUGGUGCAGAUGGAAUUCCUCUGCACCAAGACCCCAUCGCGAAAGCUACAUUUGCAGCCAUCGAGAAGGGGAUUUUUGUUUCUACAUCCGCAGGAAAUAGUGGACCCUAUUUAGGAUCACUUCAUAAUGGAACCCCAUGGGUUCUCACAGUUGCUGCCAGUACAAUAGACCGUGAAUUCACCGGGUUAUUAACCCUUGGCAAUGGAGUUUCGGUUUCCGGGUUAUCUCUUUAUCCUGGAAACUUAAACUCCACCAAAGCUCCAGUUGUUUAUGUUGGAGCUUGUGAGAAACAUUUGGACCCUAAAAAAGUUGAUCAAAAAAUUGUUGUGUGCCUUGACAGCAAUGAUACACUUGGUGAACAGUUCCGUAACGUCAGAAGUUCUAAGGUUUUAGGUGCUAUAUUCAUUACAGAUAAUACAGAUCUCGAAUUCUUCAUACAAAGUACAUAUCCUGCCUUGUUUCUCACUCCACAGUCGGGCCAAAUUGUCAUCGAUUAUGUCCAAAAGAUCAAAACCCAACCGGCGAAAGUGCAUAUAAAAUUCCAAGGGACACGUGUAGGUGCUAAACCAGCACCAAGGGUGUCUAGCUAUAGCUCACGUGGUCCGUCCUAUAGUGUUCCUGUUGUUUUAAAGCCGGACCUCACCGCUCCAGGCUCACUUAUACUAGCAGCAUGGCCUGACAAAGUCUCUGCUGCUUCUAUCAAGACUGGUUCUAGUACCGAACCUGAACAACUACUUUUUAGUAAGUUUAAUCUUUUAUCGGGCACAUCAAUGUCAUGCCCUCAUGCCAGUGGGGUAGCCGCUUUAGUUAAAGCGGCACACCCUGACUGGACACCGGCUGCCAUCCGGUCAGCCAUGAUGACCACGUCAGACAUUCUGGACAACACAUUUCAACCUAUUCAAGAUAUAGGCGAUGACAAUAAACCCGCGACUCCUUUUGCCAUGGGUUCGGGCCAUGUUGCACCCAACAAGGCCUUGAACCCUGGACUCAUAUAUGAUCUAAAAUCGCAAGAUUACGUAGAUCUCCUUUGUGGGCUAAAUUACACCAAAGUUCAAAUCCAAACAAUCACAAGGUCAUCAUCCAACAAUUGCUCUAACCCAUCAUUGGACCUAAACUACCCUUCUUUCAUCGCAUAUUUCAAUGGGAAUGACAAGAGCUCGAGCAAAGUAAUCCAAGAGUUUAAACGAACCGUAACCUACGUGGGCACCGGAAGUUCAACAUUCACGGCGAAACUGACCCCAGUUGGUCAGCUUCGUGUCAGUGUCUCGCCAGAGACACUAAGUUUCAAAUCAAAGAAUGAGAAGAAAAGCUACACGAUAAGAAUAGAAGGGUCCAAUACAAUGAAAGAUGAAAUUGUAUUUGGUUUCUUGAGUUGGAUAGACAGUAAAGGUAAGUUUGUAGUAAGAAGUCCAAUCGUUGCUACAAGCAUAAGCUUUUCUGAUUAAUUACCCUGGACAUGAAACCCAUAAGCUAGUUUGUCCAUAUAUUGGUUGCUAAAAGCUUAACAGCCACAUUAUAAUAAAUUAUUAAUUAGAUAUCUUUGCCAUCAUGAUCGAUAUAUAAUUGAUAUUUAUCUA